CCUCCAGCUGGUUUCCAGCACUUGUGAAGAAGCAGCUAAUGGUUUAAUUGACAAGUCAUUAGACCUGCUGUUUUUCUCUUUAACCUCAUAGACUAUGGGUACUAGUUAUCCCUCAUCCCUUCUCCUCCUUUCUCUUUCCCUCCUGCCUGUUCUGCCACCUUCCUAAAACCAGAGGCACCGCACCACUUCCCUGCCCUACUGGAUUGCACAUUACCUGCAUUACAGGUAUAACUGUUCUUAUCAUUUAAAUGAUUAACCUUUCACAUCCCUACUAAGAUUGUAAGGGUAGUUGCUGUCCAUCGAGGGCUGAAGACAAUGUAAUAUAAAUAAAGGGUCAUGGAGGAAAAGGAACUAUAAUCUCUGGGAUGCAUUAGGGAAGAUUUAAAACACUGGGUAACUUCACCCAGUAGCAGAGAUUUGGAGGGAGAAAAUCACACUCAUUUUGGGACUGACUCCAUAGCUUGAGGUGACUGUUUAUAGUGCCUGUUCUUGCAAUAAAAGAUUUAACAGUGUGUUUCAAAUGCACAUUUAAAAUCUCACUCAUCAGUGGGCUGUGGAUUUUUUUCUCCCUCUAAAUCUUGCUUGUUCAAAUUGUCAAGCUUGACAGCCCUGUACCAGGAGCACACUGUCAUCAUGAAACUUGUGUAUUUAAUUCCUUCCUUGUGAUACCAAUAGCACCUUAAGAUGAUUAAAGCUGGAAGAAUCCUUGCAUUUAAUUUCCUUUCUCCCGGUUAUGCUGUUUGCUGGAUCUGCGCUUCAUUCAGUGGAAUUAAAUGGGUUGCCUUUCUUCCCUGCAUGUGUUGUAUCAAUUUUACUUUCUGGCUUUAGACCUACAGUUGUGAUUUAGAAGCACAGUCACUUUAACCUCAUUCAAGUAACACAACUUGGAGCAUGUCCACGCUGCAGUUUUUCUGCCUUUCACAGCCAUGGCACAUCCACACUUCCCAUGCUGUGUGUUUGUAUUGAUGCAUUGUGGGAAAUUCUGGGCAGCUUUCCCGUCCUGCCUCAGCAAGACAUCGAGCAUGCCCAGAAUUGCAGGCGGUGGGGCAGCGCACUCUGGGAUGCCCCAUGACAGCUAGAGAAGGGAGGAAAGAGGCUUCGCCAAGUCCAUUACAUUGGCACAGUGAAGGGGUUGUUUGCAAGCCACAAAAACGUAGCAUCCCGACCCAGUCAACAGGAGCACAGCCAUGUGCCAGCUUGGUCCUCCAAGUGUUUGCUGCUGUAGCACCUAACCAACAGUUCUCCAUGCAGCGGAUGAACACAAACUGACCUAGAGUCAACCCGUGUUGCUCAUUGGUCAAGGGCUGGUAAGCUGUAACAUGCUUUCAAUCCAUGAUAGGGGGAAAAAAUGUUCCUCCGCUUUUUUAAUGUGGAAAAUGCCUUUUUUGAUUGCUUGGGGGUUUGCUUUGGUUGCUUCUGGCAAAAACAUGAGCCACUGCAGCUCAGCCGGUGCCUAUUUGCUAACACAGCAGCAUACUCCCAGGCCCCAUAACAACUCUCUUUCAAGUCGGUAUGGGCAACUGCUAGGGCCUGGUCAGCUCGUUCAGCCAGCUCUAUAACUGACCUAGAAAAUGGGCUCUGCUGCUUCAUAUUUAACAAAGAACUGCUGAGUAAUAUGUACCCAGGAAGGUAUUUUUGUUAUGCAAGAGGCACAAAUUCCUGGAAACAGGGAUUUUGAGAUCAUCACAUUCCUUCAGUGUAGGAAUUUGCAUUGAACCCCCCCCAAAAAACACUAGGAGCUAAUUCAGGACCACCAGAAAACACCGCAGUGUGUGACAGAAGGGAAGCCUGCUAGGCUGGUUUCAUUCCCCAGGCUGAGCAAAGAUCGAGGAGUAAACAGCAGAUCCAGAGCUCAGUGAAACAGACUCUUAACCUUCUCUCAGCUGGAGUGAUCCCCAAGCCUCCUCCUGACAAUGUCUCUUUAAUUAGAAAAGAGCUUUUCCUCUCGCCCACUGAUCUGGUGCGUGACGCCCGCACACAGAGUUAAUUACGAGGCUUGGCUAAACGUCUCCGCACGCAGACCCCUGCCUCGCUGCACCAAGCUACUCCCUGUGCGUCUUUCACGAUGCAUCAGCUUCCUUUGACAAACUUCACCGCCAGCCCCGUGAACCUGCAGGGGAACAGGGGCCGGAUUGUGCCCUGCUUCCGGCAUCUGUGCUAAAGCAGCCUGCUGAGCGUGGGACGCAGCACCUCUUGAAUUAGUGAUAGUUGCUCGUGAUUUAUGAAAGCUCGUGGCCGAAUGAACAGACACCCAGCUCAGCAGCAGUUCCUAAUGAUAAUGCUGAGCAUUAUUUUUUAAAUCCUUGUUUUGAUAGCAAACAGAGCAAACAGGUGACCAUGCAGCUCCCAAGUCCCUCUGCUGUUUUGGUGAGGCUUUUCCAACCCCACCCCUGGCAAAGUCAUUUUCCAGGCCACCCAGAGGAAGAGGGUUGCUGGCAAGGCAUGAAGGCUGAGAGUUGGGAAAGCUAAGUUUUGAUCUGUACAAACUCAACUGCAAGGCUUUCAGACCAGUCGCUUCCUUCUCCGUGCCUCAGUUUUCCUAGCUGUCAAAUCAGGUGGAAUAAUUAUAGGUGCCACUCAGGGAGGCUAAAUUGCUUAGUGUUUGUAAGGUCCUUUGACAUCCUGAACAGGACAAAAUGAAAUCCCAUUUCCUUCCUUAGGCAAAAGUUGACAUGGCUCUAGUGCUAACACUGCCCUCAAUAUGACCGGUUAAACGUGGCUGCAUCUCUCCUGUCAAAACAGUGUGUGUGCAUGCACUCCACUUGUACAGAAAGCCAUUUACACAGGCACAAAGAGGCACGUGUACCCAUAGUCCUUCUCAGAGCCCUUUGGGAGAGGGGCUGUCAUCUUGUCCUGUGUCAGGAUAGCAGGUAGCACACUGGAGCCCUCAACAUUUAGGUGCCUGGAGGAACAGGACCAAUAAAGAAGUAGAUCAUUAGGUGUCAGCUCACUACUUGUGGGUGUGGAUUGGGCCCCUGGGUUUGAAAGACCCACCCUGGCAGGUCAGCCACUGUCCAGCUCCUGAGUGAGAGUAUGAGAAAUGACUACAGGAAAACUUAGAGAAGAGAGAAAGGCAGAGGAAGGUAAAAAGGCUGAAUGUGAGCUAAUCUCAGCCAAGCCCCAUUUUGCUUCCCACUGGUACUGUGUUGUCUCCCUUUUUUGCAACAGAGGCCCAGUGCUCCUAGGUGUAUGUGGGAUGUGAGCCCUCCUCCUGCACUGCCCACUAGUGAUUUCUUCUGUUCAUCUAUUUUUUUUUUCCCUCCUGACCCUGUAGAAAGACCCAACAACGGGAGCGCAAUGACGGCGGGGAGUGCUGAAGCCGUGGGAGCCAUGAAGAGCCAGGACACUCUGGAGAACAAGCCGCCGGGACCUGCCCCUCCUUCCCGGCGGCAUGGCCGGAGGAGGCGGCGCAAACCUCCGCCGGAGCUGACUGUGAAGGGGCAGCUGCGGAUGCGCUCACCCUCAGGGGCCUUUGUGAUUGUGGGCAUCUCCGUGGUCCUGGUUGGCAUGACAAUUGCUGUUGUGGGUUACUGGCCUCACCGGAGCACAUCUGUAGCAGGAUCUGGGGCCAGCUCAGGGAACUCCAGCAGCACGGGGGGCAUCAGGAGAGAAGUGAAGGCACCUGCCCACUCGCACCACCUCUCCUAUACUGAGAAGCUGAAGCUCAUUGGCCCUGUCAUCAUGGGCAUUGGCCUGUUCAUUUUCAUCUGCGCCAACACCAUGCUGUACGAGAACAGGGACAUGGAGACCCGCCUGCUGAUGCAGAAGGGCCUCUAUGCCAUGACCCUGGGCCUCCCGCAGGUGUCAAGCCCAGAGGAGAGGUACUUCCAGCGGAGGACUAGCCUGCCCAUCCUCAAGGCCAACGCGGAGUGCGUGGAGGGUUGCUACGAGGUGGAUCUCUCCUCUAGUGGGUUCCAGUCCUGUUCCAGCCCUGGGAACAAAUGGGCUGACUGCUAUGGACCUAACAAGCUCCAGACGACGGCCCAGCUGCUCCAUCACAAGGGCCAUUCCCCUGCCAUCUCCCUCCUCAGCAUCCACUCGGGUUCUGGCAACUCCAUGGAAGGGAACCUCAAUCUGUCCUUUGCUUAUGGGGCUGAGUCAGUAAUUUCCUCAGCUGUCAACACUCUGCCGCUUCCCGUCAUCAAGCUAAACAACUGCCUCCCGAAAAAACAGGCUGUAGCUCAGGGGGCAGGGAAGGAAGGGGAGGGCAGUCCAGCUAAGGCACCUGCUGAGCUGCCGAGGCACUUGUGGACACCCUUGCCUAGUGACAGCAGUGUGUUUCCCAAAAAUGAUCUCCAGGGCAGCCACGUGGUGGUCAAUAUGGACGUUGGGCCUCCCCCUGUCCCAGCCAGUGAGGAGCUCCUGCCCCCCAAAUGCACUAAGAAAGAGUUCAGUUCAGAUGUACAAUUCCAUAACCCCGGUCACUCCAAGUCCCUGGACCUUGGUAGGCCUGGAGUGCUGCUCGUGGCGCCAAUCAAAGACCGGAAGAACAGGAGUUGGCCUCGACUUGACCAGAUCAGCCUCGUAGGCUAUGCCAAACUGGAAAGCACAGGCGAGUCCUCAGAUCGGUUGUUGGAGCAAACAGAGCAGCAGAGCAGGGAUGAGCCCAGGCCAAGCUCUUGGCAGGUGGGCACAGAGCUGGGUACUGGAGUGUGACUCCAGCAACAGACUGGUGACGUGUAUUAAACCUUCCUGUCCCUUUUUUUACUGUGUCACUUCUGGGGCUGGUGAGGACACUUGUUUUUAAGUGGACAUCAUAAUGGUGACUGGGAGGCCAGCUUGCCAUCAGCCUAGCUGCAGCACAGGCCUGCUGCUCCUUAGGAAAGGGAUGUUUCUCUCCUCUCCAGAGUGCUGCUGUAUUGACCAGUUUCUCCAUGGAUGGUCCUGGCCUUGCUUUAGAAGUCCCUCUACCUGCGUGUUUUAUCAGGGAAUCCUUGCUUGAAAACUGAAUGAAAAUUCCAGUAAAAAGGGAAGGCGGGGUGGGGAUCCCUGGUGUACAACUCCAGCGGCAUCCUUUCUUACAGUCACUUGGCAGGGCUGUGGUGAGGCUCAGGCUGCUUCCCCAUGCUGCUAGGAGGCUAGCUGGCCAGGGGCUUGCCGAGCCUAACGAGGUCAUUAAAUGUUAUCUUAUUACCCC